UUUGUAAAAACAAUGUACCAAGAAACAUCUGUGUUGACUUAACGAAAUCCAAGUCUUCCUCACUUUUAUCAUUUCCGCAGCCUCCCAUUAGCUCCAUCUCAGCACCCCACAAAAAAGAAAAAUGCAUUUCAAUAUCCUCUCAAUUACCAUCCCUCUCUGCUUGUUACUCAAUCAAAUUCUUUUUUCUGUUGCCACCACCAAAUCAUCUGUUCUUUAUCACCCAAUUGACAACAUCGCCGUCAACUGCGGCUCCUCCGGCAACUCUACUGCAGUAGAUGGCCGGCAAUGGACCGGAGAUAUCGGUUCGAGUUACGCCCCUUUAUUACAUAGUAACAAAGGAAAAUUGAUUAGCUCAAAAGCCACUAGCCCACCACUUUCUCCUGAUCCAGUGCCUUAUAUGUCAGCCCGGCUCUCCGGUUGGCCUUUCACAUAUGCAUUCCGAGUCUCCCCGGGCCAAAAGUUUAUCCGCCUACAUUUCUAUCCAGCUACAUACCGGGGUGGUUUUAAACGGUCUAAGGCCUUUUUUACUGUAAAAGCUGGUCCAUAUACCCUUCUUAGCAACUUUAGUGCUUCCCUUACAGCUGAUGCUUCAGGCUUGGACUCUCUUGUUAAAGAGUAUUGUGUGAAUGUGGAAGAAAAUCAGCCACUAAUCAUAACGUUCUCUCCCUCAUUAGGUGGUUCUUUUGAUGAGGCAUAUGCUUUUGUCAAUGGGAUCGAAAUCGUCUCGAUGCCGGCUGGACUUUAUCAUACACAAGAGGGUGAUGCAGGUGCACAUGUUGUCGGCCAGAAUUUUCGACUCCCAAUUGAUAAAAGCAUUGCACUCGAGAUGGUGCAUCGGUUAAAUGUUGGUGGAACAGCCAUCUCAUCCAUAGAAGAUACAUGUUUGUUUCGUGAUUGGUCUCAGGAUUCAAAUUUUUUGAUGGAAACAUCAUAUGUCCAGCCAGUUACUACCACCCUUCGCAUCAAAUACACAAGUAUACCAUCAUACACUGCUCCUCAGAAAGUUUACCAAACAUCAUGGUCAAUGGCUACAGACAGGCAAGGGAGCGGUAACUUCAAUUUUACGUGGAAGUUGCCUAUUGAUUUUGGAUUCAGGUACCUUCUCAGGUUACAUUUUUGUGACUUUGAAUACGAAAUAGAAGAGCGUUACCGCACAAAAUUUAGUGUCUUCUUUGAUGAACACGUUGCUGAAGCUAAAGUUGAUAUUACCAAAUGGAGUGGUGGAAACAGAGUUGCGGUGUAUAGGGACUACGUGGUGAGGAUUGAAGGAGAUAGGAUGGAGGGAAAACACAAUUUGCUCAUAGCAUACUUCCCUCAGAACCAUGAAUGGAAUGAAGACAUUGAUACAGUUCUAAAGGGGUUGGAAGUAUUCAAGCUGAGCAACCCCGAUAAAAAUCUUGCUGGUGUGAACCCGGUGCCGCUGUCAUGUGCUUCGACAUCUAGUAACACAAAACCCCAGAAGUUUGUGUAUGCUUCCGGUGGUAAUGCCCUUGCAACAGUUUUGGUAAUAUUACUCACCUUUACGAAUAUUAGUGUUUACAUGUUACGUGUUUGGGUUGAGAAAUUUGGCGAAAAGAACAUCUCACCAUUGCCGCUUGAAGGGUUGUGUCGUCGCUUCUCACUUUCUGAGGUCGUCUUAGUGACCAACAACUUCAGUCAUGAAUUUUUCAUUGGAAGUGGUGGAUUUGGUAAUGUCUACAAGGCGCACAUCGAUGAUGGAGCAACUACUGUUGCCAUAAAGAGGUUGAAUUCAAAGUCUAAGCAAGGGGCAGAUGAGUUUCGGACAGAGAUUGAGAUGCUUUCUAACCUUCGGCAUACGCAUCUCGUGAGUCUUAUAGGCUAUUGUGAUGAACGCCAGGAGAUGAUCCUUGUUUACGAGUACAUGGAGCAUGGUACACUUGCCGAUCAUCUUUAUAAGCAUUAUACUUUUGGUAAUGGCACUAUUUGUCAUCUGUCAUGGGAUCAAAGGAUGAAAGUUUGCAUCGGUGCUGCUCGUGGACUGGAUUACCUCCAUACAAGUACUCGAUGUGGUAUCAUACACCGCGAUAUUAAGACGACAAAUAUUCUUCUGGACAAAGAUUGGGUUGCCAAGAUUUCAGAUUUUGGGUUGUGCAAAGAAGGCACUACAAGGCAUUCACACACUCAUGUUAGCACUGAUGUUAAAGGAACGUUUGGCUACUUGGAUCCAGAAUAUUUCUUAACCCGUAGACUAACUAAGAAAUCAGAUGUCUAUGCAUUUGGUGUCGUGUUGUUAGAAGUGCUUUGUGGGAGGCAGUCCCUAGAUUUAAGUUUGGUGGAGGAGCAACGUAGUCUAGCUUGGUGGGCUCAACAAUGUAUCAAAGAGGAAAAGUAUGAUCAACUUAUCGACCCCAAGUUGAGGGACCAAAUCCCGCCACAGUGUUUGAAGGUGUUUACAGAAGUUGCUAAUAAAUGCUUGCAUAAGCAUUCAAGUGGACGGCCUACCAUGACUGAUGUCGUGGCGAGCCUCGAGUGCAUGUUGGCAUCACAAGAGCAACCCAAAAAUGCUUGCACAGAGGAGGGGGAGGAGGAGAAAGGGGUGGAAGAGGAGGAGGCUGUCAAUGUUCAUGGGGAUCCCAACCAACUGAUUUAUUACAAUGAUAUGAACAAACAACAAACUGAAAUUUUUCCACAAGGUAUUGUUGCCUCCUCAUCCACUCCGGUGCAGCUUAAUGAUAAUACCCAUCCACAUGGUAUUGUUGCCUCGUCAUCCACUCCGGUGCAGCUUAAUGGUGAUACCCAACGCCAGAAGAGGUCGAGGAAAAAUCUGUCUCAGAUCUCUUCAGGGAGUGACACUGAUAUGCCAUAUCUAGAUGGGCGGAUCUUACCCACCCCAAAUUUAAGGAUAUUCAGUUUCUCAGAAUUGAGGAAUGCUACCAAAAACUUCAGAAUUGAUAAUUUGUUGGGAGAAGGACGUUUUGGCACAGUUUACAAGUGUUGGCUUGAUGCGAAAGUGACAUCAAAGAACGGCAGUGGAAUUGUUGUUGCAAUAAAACGGGUGGAUUACAGAUAUGAGGGGCCUCUGUUGGGCAGUGUCUUUGAAAUUUUGCUGUCUGAUGUCCGUUUCUUAGGAAGGCUUUCUCAUUCUAACCUUGUUAAGAUAUUGGGGUACUGUUGGGAAGAUCCAAAGCUAUUCCUUGUCUAUGAAUUCAUGCAAAAGGGCAGCUUGGAUCAGCACCUUUUUGGAAGGGCCUCUGCUGUUCAGCCAUUGCCAUGGGAUAUUCGCCUGAAGAUACUAAUAGGAGCAGCCCUAGGCCUGGCAUUUUUGCAUGCAUUAGAUGAUCCAGUAAUUUGCAGAGAAUUCAGGGCAUCAAAUAUAUUGCUUGAUGGGUUGUUCAAUUCCAAGAUCUCAGACUUCAGCUAUUUAGAGUUGAAUUCCCCAAAAAGUUGGCACCCUUGUGGGUAUGUGCCACCAAGAUUAACAGGAAUCUACGGACCCUGCAUUGCCCCAGAGUAUGUUGCCAUAGGCCAUGUGCAUGUGAAGGGCGAUGUGUAUAGUUUUGGUGUUGUAUUGCUUGAGAUGAUUACGGGGUUACGUGCAUAUGAUACGAAUCGUCCGCUUCCGCAACAUAAUUUGGUAGACUGGGUCAAGCCCUAUUUAGAUAAUAGAAGAACGUUAGCAACCGUAAUCGACACCAGGUUGGAAGGGAGAUAUCCUAUGAAAGCUGCCCUGCGAAUAGCUCAUCUUGCUCUAACUUGUCUCGAAGAUAAACCCAAAACAAGGCCAUCAAUGGAACAAGUUGUGGAGACACUUAAAAGUAUUAGCGCAAGCCAAGGAAAACGCUUUGAUAGACUGCCCCCAAGGAGAAAUCAGUUGGAAGUCUUCAGAUAUUUUCUUAUGUCAAACAGUCUCCCAUUCCUCUAUGCCUUGUGAUCUCUUGAAAAAUGUUGGUGAAACUUCAUUUACACUCCUAUGGUUUGCUAGCUUGAGGUGCGGAAUACACCCCUCAUCUCAUUUAUUAGUGCAUAACUGAACUCCCUGUACUUCAUGGACUAAUGUGCACCGUUAAGUUUUUCAUCAGUGAAUAUUUGUUAGGACAAUAAUGCCCUCCUAAAUUUUUAGACUCAUAGAUUGUCAUUUCUCUCUCUUUGUAUUGCACCUGUCCCUACCUACUUCAAUUUACAUGUACAUACACACA